AGUUUACAGGUCACAUAAAGCACUCACCACUGGUAAAGUUUCCCCUCCCCGUCGUCAUGUUAAAGGUGAUUUCCAGUGUCAGCGAGAUCUAUCAGAACAUCAUUCCCUGGAGGAGGUGAGACGAUAUUAGGAAGACUCUACAUUGAAACAGGUUUCUGUUGUCAGUGAUGUCAUAUCAGGCAGAAUCAAUGACGUCUCAGCCUCAAAUGACUGUAACCAGUUACACAGUUUCUCACUGGAGCUCUGACGUCUGUGACUGCUGUGAUGACUGCGGCAUCUGUCUGUGUGGGGCAUUUAUUCCUUGCAUCUUGGGUUGUAAGGUGGCACAGGAUAAUGGCGACAGCUGCUGUCUGCCCUUCCUACCUGGAGCUAUGGUUGCACUGAGGACCAGCAUCCGUGACCGAUAUCAUAUUAAUGGAUCUGUCUGUGAUGACUGGGUGAUCAUGACCUGCUGCUCUUUCUGUGGACUCUGUCAGCUGGCCCGAGAACAGAAGGCGAGAGGCUAAUUUGGAAACGAAGGGAAUGGAAUAAAUGAUUAAAAAAAAAACUAAAUUGAUGGAACUGAAUUUUUUAAUAUGAUUUGCUUUUUUUCCCCAAACUGUCUCAAAGUUUUAAAUGACCCUUCAACUAUGAAGUGUUAGAUUUGAUUUCAUUGAACCUUGCAUUAUAUUUUAUACAACAAACCAAACCCUUAUUAACUUUUUACAUCAAUCAGUCUACCUAAAUUUAGGGCAAUAUUAUUAUAAAAAAAAUCUGAUAAUUAUCAGUAUACAAAUAUGUAUUUACAGAAAGAUUUCUCUGCAUGACAAAUAAAAACAACAAGACUAGGCAAAACAGGACUAACUGCUUAUUGUCUGAUCUGACUUUGCUGGUUCCUCUUUCUAUUCCUGGGAGGAGAAACUCCUAUUUAAAA